AUGCGUGCAACACUGAGUUCAAACGAGGAACCACAGCAAUUCUCCGACUUCCUCAUGACCAUUGGCGACGGCAAAUACCCUGUUACUGAAAUACCAGAUAAAAUCACAUUACCGAAAAACAUCCGCACAACAGACUCAUUAAGUGAUUUGAUCCACACCAUCUACGCAGAUAUCCAAACCAACUACAGGAACAAACAAUGGCUCCUUGAAAGAGCUAUCCUCGCGCCACUCAACAACACUGUCAACCAGAUCAAUCACGAAGUCAUCAGCGCAUUCCCAGGCCAAGAACUUAAAUACACCGCCAUCAAUAAGACGCUCACAACAGAAGAAGCAGUCCACUUCCCGACAGAAUUCCUUGAUUCUUUGGAUAUACCAGGACUCCCACCACACACCCUACGGCUAAAAAAAGGCUGCCCAGUGAUCAUUCUUCGUUCUCUCAACCCGCCGCAUAUCACGAACGGAACACGCUGCACGAUCUUCAAAACAUACCCAAACGUCCUAGAGGUCACAAUCCUAAACGGCCCAUCUUCAGGAGAAAAUGCCUUCAUACCCCGAAUUCCACUGGUACCAUCAGACAGCGACCUGCCAUUUAAAUUCCAAAGGCUACAGUUCCCGAUGCGCCCAUGCUUUGCGAUGACAAUAAACAAGGCCCAAGGCCAAACAUUCCAGUCCAUAGGCAUUGACUUACAAGAAGAUGUAUUCUCACAUGGGAUGUUAUAUGUGGCUCUCUCUAGAGUUGGAUCCGCUACUGGACUCACCCUGCACACACCCAGAUGUCCAACUAGAAAUGUUGUCUUUCACGAAGUACUACAAAGCACAUCGAACACAUAA